AGAACAUGUGAUUCUGACGUAUCAUUUGUUCCAGUCCAACACGGAAGUAUUUACAAGGCUUCUGAGAGUAACAGUCUCUGGUAUCAUCGAAAACGAUCCGAAAUUUUGUCUCUGGAAGUGUUCAAACGGAGAAAGUUUCAACAUGCCGAAUUUGGACAAACAUCUUUUCAACCUAAAGUUUGCUGCCAAAGAGCUGCAGCGGAGCUCAAAAAAAUGUGAUAAAGAGGAGAAAGUUGAAAAGGCCAAAGUGAAGAAGGCCAUCCAAAAAGGAAACAUGGACGUAGCACGCAUCCACGCAGAGAAUGCUAUUCGACAGAAAAGCCAAUCUGUGAACUAUCUCAGGAUGAGUGCACGUGUAGAUGCUGUAGCAGCAAGGGUUCAGACUGCUGUCACUAUGAACAAGGUGACCAAGGAUAUGGCUGGCGUUGUUAAGGGCAUGGAUGCUGUGCUGAAGAGCAUGAAUCUGGAGAAGGUCUCGUCUUUGAUGGAUAAAUUUGAACGCCAGUUUGAGACCCUAGAUGUCCAGACUGCUCAGAUGGAGGACACUAUGAGCAGCACGACCACACUGACCACCCCACAGGGUCAAGUGGAUGGUCUGAUGAAGGAGAUGGCAGACGAAGCAGGACUGGAUCUGAAUAUGGAACUCCCAGAAGGUCAAAAGGGAUCGCUUGCUACAGCAAGUGUGGCAUCUGCAGAGCAGGAUGAGUUGUCUUCAAGACUUGCCAAGCUACGGGACCAGAUCUGAUACAACUGACAUCGAAACUGUUGGGUCAUGUAUUGGUCUGCGUGAGUUGUUACUUGUUGCAUUGAUUGCCUUUUUUUCCUCUGACAGCAAUGAGAUGAAUGCAAGUGGAUUGGUGUACGGGUGGGAGUAAAGUUAAGAAAAAUAGUUUCGGAAUAUUAUAAUUAUUUUCUUUUGUUUUAGUGUCACAACACUAAAGCUGUGAUUACUGGUAUAUGGAAAUAUUUACAGUUUUUAAAUUAUUAUUUUUUUCUCGUUUUUGUACACUUUCUCCUCCAGUGUCAAGUUAAGUGUGUUGGUGCGGAGUGUUUUGGAAAUUGUAGCUUUACAAUUUUAUAUUGCCGUGUACUGUACAUAUAUCAUGUAUAUAUUCAUUUGAUCACACUCUAAUUUCUUAGUACUAUGUAUACUCAAUGUUGGUGCCUUUCUGGAAGAAAAUGGAUGUACUGCUUAUAUCACUAUGCAAUAAAUAUUUUGUGACUUUCAAA